AUGAGGAUGCUCACUCUGCUCACCACACUUCUCCUGCUGGCUCUCCAGACCCAGGCAGAAUCUCCCCCAGGAAGAGUUGAGGAGGAUUCAGACAGGGAGCCCCUGGUAGAGGAGGACCAGGAUAUUUUCAUAUCCGUUGGAGGGGAUAAAGGCACUGCUCUCCAAGAUACAGACGUAAAGUCAGGCUUGACCUGCUAUUGCAGACUCACACGCUGUGGUUUUGGAGAACAGCUCUCUGGGAUCUGCCGUUACCGUGGCCGCAUCUACCGAUUCUGCUGCCGCUGAGCACUAAGAACAAGAUGAAUCCAUUUUUCAUAUGACUUGAGAUCUUAAAGAAGACUGUUAUUUGUCCCAUGUUGUGUUCUUGAGUGUCCUCUUCCUUUAUAUCCAAGUAAAGUUCUUUUAGCCAGUUCU